GCAGCAGCAACAGCAACAGCAGGACCAGCCGGAAGAAGAAGACGCCUGUUCUGGAAAGUCCGGCGCUGCGCGUCCCAGACUGGAGUGAUUCAGGAGAAGGUCUCAGAACUCCAGCUUCUUUCAGGUCUGACCUCGUUCAGGAUGCAUCUCCGGGUCCUGUCUCUGCUGUGGGCCUCCCUCAGUACCUGGGUUCAUGUUCAGGCUGAGUUCUUCACCUCUAUAGGGCAAAUGACAGACCUGAUUUAUGCAGAGAAAGACCUGGUGCAGUCUUUGAAGGAAUACAUCCAGGUGGAAGAGGCCAAACUCUCGAAAAUUAAAAGCUGGGCUGAAAAAAUGGACGUGCUGACAAGCAAGUCCACGUCAGAUCCCGAGGGUUACCUGGCACACCCGGUGAAUGCCUACAAACUGGUGAAGCGUCUUAACACAGAUUGGCUGGCCCUGGAGCAGUUAGUCCUCGAGGAUGUGACAAAUGGUUUCAUUGCCAACCUCACAGUGCAACGACAGUUCUUCCCCACGGAGGAAGAUGAGACCGGAGCAGCCAAGGCCUUAAUGCGCCUGCAAGACACUUACAAACUGGACCCGGACACCAUUGCUAAAGGGGACCUUCCAGGGACCAAGUACAGAUCAACACUGACGGCAGACGAUUGCUUCGGCAUGGGCAAGACGGCCUACAAUGAUGGGGAUUACUAUCACACGGUGCUGUGGAUGCAGCAGGCUAUGAAGCAGCAUGACCAGGGGGAGGAUGCAGUCACCUCCAAGGUGGAGGUCUUGGAUUACCUCAGCUACGCCGUUUUUCAGCUCGGAGAUCUACACAGAGCAGUGGAACUCACCAGGCGCCUGAUUUCUCUGGACUCCAGUCACGAACGAGCUGGAGGAAACUUACGAUAUUUUGAGAAACUGCUCGAAGAAGAAAGGAUGGAGAAGCGUCUAAACAAGACAUCAGCCAGUAAACCAGUGUCACAAGGAGGGACCUAUGAAAGACCUCCAGAUUACCUGCCCGAAAGGGAUGUGUAUGAAGGGUUAUGCAGAGGAGAGGGCGUCAAGCUGACGCCCCGGAGACAGAAGAGACUUUUCUGCAGGUAUCAUGAUGGCAACAGAACCCCCCAGCUGCUCAUCGCCCCCUUUAAGGAAGAGGACGAGUGGGACAGCCCUCAUAUUGUCCGCUAUUACGACGUCCUGUCCGAUGAAGAGAUCGAGAAGAUUAAAGAGCUGGCUAAGCCCAAGUUGGCAAGAGCCACAGUUCGCGACCCUAAAACAGGUGUCCUUACCGUAGCCAACUACCGAGUAUCCAAAAGCUCAUGGCUGGAGGAAGAGGACGACCCUGUCGUCGCCCAGGUUAAUCGGCGGAUGCAGUACAUCACCGGGUUGACGGUGAAAACGGCCGAGCUGUUGCAGGUAGCUAAUUAUGGGAUGGGAGGACAGUACGAACCACACUUUGACUUCUCCAGGCGACCCUUUGACAGCAGUCUCAAAACGGAAGGAAAUAGGCUAGCGACGUUUCUUAACUAUAAAGAUGAGCCAGAUGCUUUCAAGCGUUUAGGGACUGGAAAUCGUGUGGCCACUUUUUUAAACUACAUGAGUGACGUCGAAGCCGGUGGUGCCACAGUGUUCCCAGAUUUUGGGGCUGCAAUCUGGCCCAAGAAGGGGACGGCGGUGUUUUGGUAUAAUCUGUUCAGAAGCGGAGAGGGAGAUUACAGGACACGACAUGCGGCUUGUCCAGUACUAGUAGGGUGCAAGUGGGUUUCAAAUAAAUGGUUCCAUGAACGAGGACAGGAAUUCUUGCGGCCUUGUGGAUCCACAGAAGUUGAUUGAAUGUCACUUCCUGCCCCCGCCAUCCCCCCACCCCCUGUACAUCUUCUGCCUGUCUUCCAGUUCACUCCUCCAAAGGGACCCAUCUGUUUCUAAAGAGAACCGACCAGUCAAUGGGAUCAAACUUUUGUAACGCAGCCAAGUGGAUUCAGACUAGGGGAGACAGACCUGGUUUGGGAACUAUUGGUGUUUAUCAUUGCCUGUGUCAUUGACUGUUGCCUCCUCUUUGUCCCAUGGCUGAUUUCAGUCUCCUCCAACAACAAUGAAAUUUCAGUAUAUCGAGUGCCUGGUGUCAUGCCUUUGUACCUCAGAUGCUAUGGAUGUUAAAUAUUUCAUCAAACCAAAAAAACUUUAAAGGUUGUUUGUAUGUUUAAUUUUAUUGCAUUUCUAUGGAUUGUGGGUUUUAAGAAAAAAUUAAAUGGUCCUA